GGUGGCAGUACAGCAGCACCGGGGACAGCAGCUGCCGUCAGAUCUGAGAGAAGAAGAAAAACCGGAGGUUUGUGUGUGCAGGGAAGGAUGAGAGAUGUGAAGAGAAUCAGGUGUUUAUAAGCUGCCCCAGUAGCUGACUCAGAAACGAGUGAAGUCCCUGCAGCUUUCUGCUCUCUGCAUCAAAUAAACGCUGCGGAAAGCCAGAGAAUCUCUGCGGGAGGAACAUGUACCGUGGUCGGCCUCCACCGAGAGGAGGCUACCCGUCGCCUUUCGAAGGCCGGGGUCCGCCGCCUCCGAGGCCUUACCUGGCACCGGGCUACAGAGACGACAGGAGUCGACCCAGACCGCCAUACCACCCCGAGUACCUCGACCACGUUCACUCGGACUCGUCCCGCCACUCACCACCGCGCAAGAGGUACCCUUCCCCCGGGUCAGGAAGUCACCGAAGUGGAGAGUACUGGGCUGGCGGUCCGCCGAGAGAGAGAUCUCCAUCACCGCGUGGGCCGAUUCCCCUGGACCACAACCUGAUCAUCACUGUGGGAAACGAGCUGACUGGACCAUCUGGGUCCGUCCCCUCACGCCAUCGUGACAGAGACUUCCCCCCUCGGCUAAAUUACGAGCCAACCCGGAGUCGUGACCGGAGCCCAGACCGUAGACGCGCCAAGAGUCGGGGACGGAGCAAGAGCCGACCCCGCAGUCAGAGUCGCAGUCCAGAUUGGAGCCGGGCCAGGAGCCGUGGCCACAGCAGGAGUCGCAGUCCGGACCGGAGCCGGGCCAGGAGCCGCGGACGCAGCAAGAGUCGACCCCGCAGCCACAGUCGCAGUCCGGACCGGACCCGGGCCAGGAGCCGCGGACGCAGCAAGAGUCGACCCCGCAGCCACAGUCGCAGUCCGGACCGGACCCGGGCCAGGAGCCGCGGACGCAGCAAGAGUCGACCCCGCAGCCACAGUCGCAGUCCGGACCGGAGCCGGGCCAGGAGCCGCGGACGCAGCAAGAGCCGACCCCGCAGCCACAGUCGCAGUCCGGACCGGAGCCGGGCCAGGAGCCGCGGCCGCAGCAGGUCCAGAUCCAGAGGGCGCAGCAGAGGACGGAUCUACAGCAAAGCAGCGAGCCGCGCCCGCAGUAAGAGCCGGCAGAGGAGUCGGAGCCGUAGUCGCAGUGCAAGCAGCAGCUCGAGCUCGAGCAGCUGCAGCUUAGACUACAGCGAUGAGAAAUCCAGAAAAGAGUUCAGAGAGCUGGAGACGGCUCGACGCAGGAGGGAGCUGGAGGAGAUGCUGAGUUUGCCAACAAAAUCCAUCCUGAAGAAACGCAACGACUCCGAGGACUCGCCGUUGCUCAGGAAGGCAGACUCUGUCAGGGCUCUGGAAGGUUCCAACAUUUCUCAGGUGGCCGACCAGCUGCUGCUGGCCGUUAAAGGCCUGGAGCCCCACAGGGUGGCCUCCAUGCUGUCAGAGCUGCAGUCCAACCCACAGAUGGCUCAACGUGCCGGCCUCGACGCCGAGAUCAAGGAGAUCCUUAGCCUGCUGGGGGACCAGGCGACGGGGGCCAAGGCCGAGGAGAAGACCGUAGAUGACAUUGAUGACGAAGAGAAGUUCCUGUAUGGAGACUCGGAGGAGCCCAAACCUCCAGCGCUGUCCGAGCCGGUCCGACAUCACGGACUGGAUCUGUAUGGAGAUGUGACGGAGGAGACGCUGUAUGGUGACUAUCCGCCACAGACUGCCAUCAUGCCCCAGGCAUAUGGCGUCCCACCAGCGGAACCUCCUAACCCUCAGGUCCUUCCUACCCCCGAGGUGGAUGUGAGGUAUGUCAGUCGGCCGAUCAUCAGCCCCGACCAGAACAUCACGGUCCAGGUAUCAAACCCCGCCUAUCCACCGGGGACGGAGCCGCUGGAGGAGAGCGAGCGUCAGGCACUGGAGGAGUACGAGAAAAUCCAGGACCUCCUGAAGACUAUCGGCCUGGACUUGGGCGUGGCCGAGAUCAGCAAGAUGGCCGCUAGGACCAAAGAACGCCUCCAAGGGAACAGGCCGCCUCCAAAGACGCCCACACGCCGCAGACAUUACUCCUCUGGUAGCUCUGAUGGAAGCCCCUGCACCCGGGGCGGCGGGAGGCGGACCCACAGCAGGAGCUCCAGCAGCAGCAGCAGGAGUCGCAGCUGUGGGAGUCGGGGCAGCUGGAGCUGCGACAACAGCUGCAGGAAGACCUCAGCUCCACCCAGGUCUUACAAAGACAGAGACGUGAAAGAGACAAAGGCCGAGAGAUGCGACGCAGGGCUGCCACCACAACUAAAACCCGAGCCCAAUACCCUCCCCUCUCACCCCGGGGUGCCCAUACCCACCUACCCCCCCUCACAGGUCCACAGCAUGGUGGCUCCUAACUUUCCUCCACCAGGUUACGGCCAGUAUGGAAACUACCUUCCCUACAUGCACCAGCAGUGGCCGCCCAUGUUCCCAUCCCCCAACAUGAGCCUGCCCCCCCAGGGUGGCCCCAGCGACUUCCCCCCUGCUCUGCCCUGCAAAGGGCCUUACAGCAAAGCAGACCCUGAGCCGGGGACCAAAGGUUUGGGGAAGAGUUGUGUUCAGGACGGUGAGAAGGGAAAAGCCAGCAGCUGCGACAGGAGAUCAUCUGAGGAACAGAACAACGAGAGCCAGAAACAAAAGGUUCUGGAAGAGAGAGAGAAGCUGAAGCAGGAGAGGGACACCAGGAUGAAGAAGAAAGAAUAUCUGAUGAAGGAGCUGGAGAGACUCAGGAAGCAACAAGGUGAGCUCCUGAGGAAGAAGAGGCGGGAAAAAGGAGGCCACAAAGACCCACUGCUGCAGGAGAUCAGCCACCUGCAGGAGGAGGUCAUGACUCAAAUCUCCAACCUACGCAAAGAACAUGAGGUCGCAGAGAAGAAACGCAACGAGCUUGACAAGGUGGCGCUAAUCCUCGGCCUGAGCCCGUCCGACCGGCCCCGCAGGACCAGCAAGCCCACCGUGGAGCAGGAGGCUAAACCACCUCCUCCAUCAGAGAAGGGAAAACGGGAGCCACAGAGGAGUCCUGAGGGACGCCAGCCAGCCAGCAGCUCCAUGAUAAAGCAGACCUCAGUAGUGCUGCUGCCAUUGAGAGAGUCACCGGACAAGCCGCCCAUCAUCUCCUUGGCUCCGCCUCCAGCCCCGCCCCCGGAUCCAUUUGAAUAUUAUGAUGCUGGAAACCACUGGUGCAAAAACUGUAACGUCACCUCUGGUUCCAUGUUUGAUUUUUUCACGCACUUGCACAGCAAAACACAUCGAAAGACUCUGGACCCAUACGACCGGCCCUGGGCUUCCACUCCCACCAAAACUGUCAAGAACACAAUGUCAGAAGAUAAGCUGACAAAACCCGCCAAAGGUUCGGAGUUCUUGCUGCCUGUCAGAGGAUUCUUCUGUCUGCUGUGUAAAGAGUUUUAUGGAGACGCCAUUUGUGCAGAAGAGCACGUCACCACACAUGCUCAUAAUGAGAAAUACAAGAAACAAAUGUACGAGAAUCCUUUGUACGAACAGAGGAGGAACCUGGACCGCCAGGCAGGCCUGGCCUCAGAGAUGAGCGGAAAGAAACGCAAACAUGAGGAUGAUGAGAAAGGAAACAAAGACAAGGAGGAAAAGUCCAAACACAAAAAGGACAAAAAGGACAAGGAGAAGCAGAAGGAAGAGACUGACACUGUUCAGAAGGAAGAGAAACUUAAAGUUAAAAAGGAGGAAGAGGAAAAGCUGAAGCCAGGCAAGAAAGAGGAUUUUAAAGAGGCCAGAAUCCUGGAUGAGGACAGGCCUUCUCACAGUAAGAAAGAUGAGGAUGAAAAGUGUAAAUACAGCAGGAAGGAUGAUAAGUACCGGUACAGCAGAGAGGAAGAGGAGAGGGCUAAAUACAGCAGAAGGGACGAGGAGGACAGAUACAAACGUAGCAGAGAAGAAGAAUAUCGUUAUCGCUAUCGCAGGGAGGAAGAUGUCAGACAUGACGACCGUUCCAAAUAUGGACUGAGAGAAGACGAGGACAAGUAUAAAUCCAGUAAAAAUUUAGAUUUCACUUCCAAAUAUGAGAAAGAGCGAGAUGAGGGGAAACCUAAGUCUGAGAGGGAAGCUUUUAAAAAGCUUGAAGUGGGUAAUACAGUAGGGAAGCCAGAGGUCAGCAAACCUGAACCUCCAACAAAGCCUUACAACCUGCCCAAAAUCAUCUGUGGACCAAGUCCAGCGAUGAGGGCAAAGCUUCGCAAGCAGAGCCUGGAAGCAGGCAAACCAUCAUCCGUGGCCAUGACCGCUUCAUUUGGAAAGUUCACUUGGAAGAAGCGGGAGAACGUCCUGGCAAAGGAGGCGCAGGAAGUGGCCGCGGAGUUCAUCAAGGAUGACGAAGCGGCUGUGAAGCAGAACCCAGUCUCAGUGGAGGACUCUUUUGCGAAAUCUGUGGCCGUUGCCAAGGAGAUUGCCCAGAAGCUGGGGGGUCAGCAGAACAUGCCUCUUCCCUUGGCAUCCGACAUUGCUAACCGGGGAAGAAUACGGCCCAACCUCCCUGCUCCCGCUGCAGUCCUUCGGAAAACAGCCAUGAUGGGUAAACCUGCACCACUGAAUGCCUUCCUGUCCAUCAGACCCCAAAACACCAGUUUAGUAGAGUCUCCUCCCAAAGAUGGACCAAGAUUUCCGGGUCUUAAUACAACGGCUCAGAAUGCACCACUGGAAGCUAAACCUGAGCCUCCCAUUGAUAGAGCCGGACCAUCUCUGCCUGCACUGGCAACUGUUACACCAAAACCAUUUGAGCCUAAACCUGUCACAGCAGUAUCUAAACCCAAAAUGGAGACUAAGCCCCUAGUGUCUGGGUAUCAAAUUUCACCAUCUGUGGCCAAACCUGCACAAACAACAAUGAUAAAGAUUGUGUCUGACGUGGCAGCUCCCGGUGUCCCAGAAAGUGAGCAAACCCAUACUGUGUUUGUCAAGCCUCCGCCUUUCUUGGCUUUGGGUGAUGGAGGUCAGAAGUCAGAGAAACUUAAGAGCAACCUGGCUGCAGCCAAAGCCCAGGAAUUAUUUGGUAUCUUCUACAGCAGUGUUGGGCAGUCAGGCACCUCCUCCAUCACCAAACCAGCAGCAGACAGCAGAGCUAGCAGUAGCACCAACAAAAGUCACCUUCCCACCCUGCAAACACAAAAUCCACAACCUCAGCCUCUGACGGAGUCCCCACCUCCAAGUGUGGUCUGUACGUCUCCAUACCCAGACGCAAACAAUCCUCCAAUUCCUCAAACCCACCCUGAAUCUAACAUUCAGAUUGCGUCCGUUUGGUCUUUGCAGUCUACCCCAGCUCCAAUAUCUGGGGUGACUCCAUCCAGAACGACUUCCCAAACAACCCAUCUAAAACAGAGCCCACCGCCCCAGUCUGAGGCACAGAGUGUACACCAAAACCAGUCCUCAUUUCCUAAAUCUGAGUCUGAAAUCGCCCCACAAAUGGAGCCUGCUGAACUGAAACAAACACCUCAAACUCAGCCAAAACUGACUCCUCAAAAUGAAACGGAGCCACAAUCUGAACACCAACCAGACCAGGACACCCAGCCCUUGGCCCAUCCAGAGACCCAUCCUGAUGCAGCUCCAGAGCCUGAACCCAAACCAGGCCCCAAAACUAGAGGCAAAACAACUCCGACAAAGAGGAACCCCGCUGAUCUCCGCCCUGUCAGACAAACCAGAUCUCAAACCAGAUACCAAACUCGGCAGCAGCAAAGCCUGUCUGAACUGGAGCCUGAGCCGGCUUCAGGAGAUUCUGACACUGUAGCUUUCGACCCAAAGGGGCUGGACACAUCAGUUCCAGGCUCUGGCAUGCAUCCACGUGAAGGGGCCCUCAGCGAGGGGGGCCCCCAGGUGAUGGUGAUCACCCCUGAAACCCUGGGCGUCCCUUCUGACAUGGCCUCUCUGGACUUUGAGAGUGAUUUUAACUUUGAAUAGGACGCGACUGGACUAGGGGACGUGUUUUCUUAAAAUCCAGUUAUAUAUCCCGCAUGUUCAGACGAUUGUAAUCCACAGUUUUUCAUGGAUGAUUUACUGGACUCAGAAGGCAGCUGAAAAUAGUGAGGCACACGUGCUGACAGACUUGUCCUAAAUAUUGAUCUUCGUAUUACAUGUAGGACCACUUUGAUGUUUAUUGAAGGCAUCCUGUUCUGUCUUCUCCAGAGUACCUUGUCACAGAUGAUCAGUUUGCUUCUUGUGCAUCUAGUGCCAAGUGAGUCCAGGACGUCUUAAGCCCUGCAUGGCGCACAAUCCUGUACUUAAAUCGAUAACAAAGCAUUAUAACACAGCGUUGUAGUGUACUUUAUGUAGCCAAACGAUCUGAGUCUGUUUUUCAUGGUUUGGGCUGGAUCACGUUGUUCAGUGACUCCCAGUCCCAUGGGGGUCACACGACCAUGCACAACAUUAGAUUGAUUAGGUUUAGUCCUCAGAUGUUCCUCUAAUGGAUUGCUCAAUAAUAUUUCCACGUUUGGCCCCAAAAUGAUUAAAAUAAAAUUAGGAAAUUGCAUGUUCAGCCAUAACCUCUGGUGCUCUGCUGUCCACAAACGCUUGGUGGUGUAGUGUGUGUGUGUCAGGCGAUAUGUUAGCAGGAUAAAUUUACUGGGUUUUGAUGUCCACCUUCUCAUCUGACACAGAAGAAGACGACUUCCUAACAUGUCACACUGCUCCUUUAAAGAUCACAUUUCUGUCUCCCGUGGCAGGUAAAGUAUUGUUCACCAUUUGUUGUUUUUUAUGUUUCCUGUUGCAGUUCAGCCUCAGUCAGUUUAUUUUCCUCGCCUAAUGAUGCGAGGUGUUUUUCACAGUUCAGCUGGUGAAAGUCGCAGCACAGACCAAAAUCAGCUCCUUUAGUUUGAAGGCUUCAUGUGUAACUGAAGACCCAGGAGCUGAUUCCUGUCACAGUGCAUCAGGUUUUCUGCCUUGUGUUGUGACCACUGAUUUACGGUCAGUGUCACCGUGUGUAGAACAACUGCUGGUCUUGUAAACUUAGUUGCUUCAAGUAGAGUUUUAAUAAAAGCUAGUGAGGAAGCAGCA